CCCUUCUCCUCUCUCUCUUCCUUCCCCGUCUCGUUUCUCCGAUCCCACUGCUGUGCUUGGCGUGCCUUCCCCUCGGGGCCGCUCACUCUUUCCCACCCCUGAAUUCGUCCCCUAAUUCUAUCGAUUUCGGCCAAAUUCCAUCCGAUCGCGCCGUCUCUCUUCGAUUCUCCGUCGAGCGCCGCAUGGCAGACGAUGAGGAUUAUCCUUCGUCGAGCGAUGUGGACGAUUGCUACCUCACUGACCAGGAAGAUGCCAUCGAGGAGGACGUCCUCCAGGGCCUUGAAGACGGGCACGAGGAGGACUGCCACUGGUCGCUGUCGUCGGUCAUCACAAAAGAGUCCCUCCUGGCAGCUCAGAAAGAGGAUUUGCGGAAGGUGAUGGAGCUGUUAGUGCUUAAAGAACAGCAUGCAAGGACCCUUCUUAUUCAUUACCGUUGGGAUGUUGAGAGGAUCUUUGAACUGCUCGAUCAAAAGGGGAAGGACCGAUUGUUUUCAGAAGCGGGCGUCACUGUUGUGGAGAACAAAGGUUUUUCUACUUCAGCAAAUCCAGUCACCUGUAAUGUCUGUUUUGAGACCAUUCCUACUGCUGCAAUCACUGAGAUGGACUGUGGGCAUAGCUUCUGCAAUGAUUGUUGGACUGAGCAUUUUAUAGUGAAGAUAAAUGAUGGUCAAAGCCGGCGCAUUAGAUGCAUGGCCCUCAAAUGCAGUGCUGUAUGUGAUGAGGCGGUCAUAAGGAAUUUAGUCAGUGCAAGGUGUCCAGAUAUUGCUGAUCGUUUUGAGAGGUUUCUACUUGAAUCAUAUAUUGAAGACAAUAAUAAGGUUAAAUGGUGCCCUAGUGCUCCACAUUGUGGAAAUGCUAUUCGCGUUGAAGGUGAUAUUUAUUGUGAGGUUGAAUGUACAUGUGGUAUACAGUUCUGUUUCAGUUGUUUGUCAGAAGCACAUUCACCUUGUUCAUGCAUGAUGUGGGAGCUGUGGAUAAAGAAAUGCCAGGAUGAGUCAGAAACUGUUAAUUGGAUAACAAUAAACACAAAGCCUUGUCCAAAGUGUCACAAGCCUGUUGAAAAGAAUGGUGGUUGCAAUCUUGUUGCCUGUAUCUGUGGGCAAGCAUUUUGUUGGUUAUGUGGUGGUGCUACUGGGAGAGAUCAUACAUGGUCUAAUAUAACUGGCCACAGUUGUGGUCGCUUCAAAGAAGACCAAACAAAGAAGACCGAGCGUGCAAGGCGUGACUUAUACCGCUAUACACAUUAUCACAAUAGAUACAAGGCUCAUACAGAUUCUCUCAAGCAGGAAAGCAAUCUUAAGGAAACCAUCCAGAAGAAAAUUUCCAUUUCAGAGAACAAGCAAUCCAAAAUCAAAGACUACAGUUGGGUGAUGAAUGGACUGAAUAGGCUUUUCAGAUCAAGACGAGUUCUUUCGUAUUCGUAUCCAUUUGCCUUCUACAUGUUUGGGGAUGAGCUCUUUAAGGAUGAAAUGACGGCAGAGGAGCGAGAGCUGAAGCAGAAUUUGUUUGAGGAUCAGCAACAACAGCUGGAGUCCAACGUUGAGAAGUUAUCUAUGUUCUUGGAGAAGGAUUUUCCAAGCUCUUCUGAUGAUGAGGUCAUGAACAUAAUGCGACAUGUCAUAAAUCUUUCUAGUGUCGUCGACAAUCUUUGCAAACAGAUGUAUCAAUGCAUUGAGAAUGACUUGUUGUAUCCUCUUCAACGAGCAACUCACAACAUAGCUCCAUAUAAAUCAAAAGGCCUUGAGAGGGCGUCAGAACUAUGUGUCCCUUGGGAUUCAGAUCAAAGUUCUAGUAUGAAAACUAGUCAUGAAGCACAGACAGAUUCAACUCCCAUUGGAACUGCUGCUGCAGCUACAUCAACACUGAAAGUAUUAUCUUUAGAAGACAAGUUUAACAAACAUCAACACUGAAAUGCAGCUGCUGUAUGCAAAUUCCGCGGUUCCACAAGUUCGGAUGAAAGCAGGUGGGCUUCUCAUAAACGACCCAGAAAAGAUGCUCACGGUGGAGCGCCUCUUUUUGAUCUAAAUAUGCCUCCUGAGGUGAUUGACAAAAUCUGACACCAACACACAAGUUAGCAUCAUUUCUCAGCUGUACAGCUUUAGCUUGAGAUCAGACAACAGAACAUAAGCUUCCUACUAUUUCAACACCACACGGCUUGUUUAGCAAGUUUACGGAAGCUAAGACUCGUGGGGGCAAACGCGACAAAGGAGCCUUCUUUCUGAUGCCUUUCUUGGAUGGACCCCAUAGUUCCCUGUGCAUAUGCUCGUGAAAUCUGAACAUGCCAUGUAAACCUGUGGAGGCAUGUCUGAGAUCAGCUUUUGCUUAAUCUUUUUCUAGUGUUUUUACCCAUCACAUUGUAAAGAUACCCAAGAUGCCCAGCAAUUUUGAACUCUCAUGCAAAGGUUUUUAAGAAUAUUCAGAGGUGGGAUUGUUGCUAGUGAAAACUGAAUUUAUGACAGUAAAUCGCUGACCGGUAAUUA